GCUAGUAAGCACUAUCUGUUCUUGUUUUGUCGUGUCCAUCAAACGCACUUCCUUUGAAGGACGCGUCAUUUUGCCUUACAACAUCCGUGCCGCUUGUUGCUGUCGGACGAGGCCAUUGAAAUAUGGUACUCUUACAUAUGAAGCGGUCCGAGCUGGACCAGUUUCUAUUUGAGACGACUGUGGCCUCCACGGUCGAUGAGACCACGCGGCAGAUGGCGGAGGUGCACAACCUACGGCAUCGGAUUGAACGCCUGAAGGCGGAGGGCGAGGAGCUGGCGAAGCACGGUCCCGCAAAGCGGCCAGACCAGCAGGGCAUUGACAGAUAUCAAGAGGCGCCAGUGGAGAAGGGCCCGAACUACGCGGAGGACCCCACGGGGAGGCGGACGGGCAACGCGUGCGACCCUGAGGUGGCGAAGGUGCUGGUGAAGACGCUUGAGGAGGCGGUGGCGGUGGCGCACAAGGACCAAGUGGCCAAGAAGAUGCCGCUUACAAUCAAGGCGCUGCAGGAGGCUGUGGACAACGUGCGCGGCGCGGUCAUGAUCUGCUACCCCAUGGGGCUGCCGGAGUGGGACCCCGUGCGGCUGGGGCUAGAGGGCAGCGAGGACCUGGCGGGCACGUCGUACGCGGCGGACGAGCUGCCGGCGGACGUGGCGACGCUGUGGUUCGCGGGCAAGCAGAUGGCUCCGGAGAAGAAGUUGUCAGACUACCUAGGGCGGCACGAGAAGACCAAGGCGGUGGUCAAGCUGCAGAAGAAGGGCCAGGGCGCGCCUUCACGGGAACCGGUUGUGGACCAAGAGACGCAAAAGGCAAUGAUGGCGUUCUACUACAAGAAGCAGGAGGAGCAGAAGGCGCUAGCAGAGGACGAGGAUGACGCGUACACCAACUCCUCGUGGGCCAACCCGAAGUCGCUCAAAUCGCAUUUUGCGGGCGUGCAGUCAGUACGGCUGCCAAAGUAGUGAUGUCCCCAGCUGUGGAUGCAGCGGCCAGGCGUAGGAGCACUGGCGAGGGCAGUAGCACACAGCAGGACUCAGUGACGGGGAGACGUGAGACGCGCUGAAGUCUAGCGUGGCAGGGCUGGCCGGGGUGGGGGCUGGCGUGUCGCAAGGGCUGCCAGCCCGUGCCCCCGCCCAGACCCCUGCCGACCUCCGUGGCGCACGCCGGCAUGCGGCGCCCCGACGGUCUGGGCCAGGAGUAGGAUGCACUGCAUGCGCGGCCAAGUUCAUGUCAUCGUGCAUGUCAUUGCGCUUGGCCGGCUAGCAGAUUGAGCGGAUACAGCGUGGCUUGUGGAAGGGGCAGACGGCCAGGCGAGCGGAGCGGUGGGUUAGGUGGGUUACACAGGGGCUAGGGGAGCCUGCGCUUCGCUUGGUGGUGAUACGGCGGAGGUGGGGUGGAAGACGUAGCGGGCGCAACAGAAGCGGGCCUGCGGAGGACGAAAGGAACUGCGGGGGACUCCCGCGGCUCUAAUCCCGAAGAGACGAGCAACGCUUGCAUCGAUGCCUAAUGCGUCCGUUUGAGGGGCAGCAGAUGCCACGAAGCAGAUGCUACGAAGUUCUUAGCUCUAGCAAAUCGAAGUAAAUAGACUCCCGAGCGGGAACGACAACUAGUUGGAGCGCGCCAGCGCGGACGCGAUUUGUCGUGAAAGCGUGCCUGCCUGGCGCUGGGCCAGAAUCCGACCAUCGAAGCAGAAGGCUGCGGCAGGACUCCCACUGUCACAGUAUUCAAGAGAAGCAUGCACAAGCACGCUGCAAGAUCCUUUGCCUGCUGAAUCAGACUUGGUUAUAGCCCAGCCCUCAGAAUCGUUCUUGAACUUCAACUGGCGUUCUACUACAAGAAGCAGGAGGAGCAGAAGGUGGGCAAGGCCGGCUGGGCUCGGGUGGUCGUCUGGGGGCGUAUGGUUUGGCGGCACGUGGCCGGUUGCCAUGUUGAGGUAUGUUUUGCGCC